CAAAAACUGAUCAACACGGAUCUUUCCCUCCGCCGCGCGCUCGCAUCCAGCGUCCUCCUCCUCCCCCCGCCAAAGUCUCUCCGGGCUCGUUACGCACGGCUUUUACGCACAGCCCAUGAGCGGAACUUGACUCGAGCUCCGCGUUUUCGCCGACGCGCGCAGACCACGCUGCAACUUCCCACUCCCACAGGUGUGAUGGUGUCGAGCCAGCGAACUGAAGGGAUGAGUGAGCCGGUCCGCUCCGCGUUCUGCUGAAGGGAAAAGUCCAACCGGCACGGACGAUGGAAAGAACUUGCCUGCAACCGCGAGCCGCGCUGCGUGCCAAAAUGAGCUUUAAACGGCAAAGCUGGAUGAUCCUAUUGUUGGUGUUUGCAACUAUAUCAGCGGUACUCACACAAGAUCUGAACAGCAAGGAACUCACUGAUACUAAGAGUCCAGUGCCUUUCCCUGUCUUCCUGCCGGUCAACUAUGAGGUACGGGACGCCGACUACCUCUUCCUGAAGGAGGCUGGGCAGGACUUCAUGAGGAACUCCAGCAUGCAGAGUCACACGCAGCCCUUCGUUCUUUUAAGAGCCAGCCACCAGCCAGCUGUCAAUGCCAGCUACGGUCCCGUGUCCACAGAGAGACUCGUGCCUCUGGAUCUGGUGCAGUCGGUGCAGCUCUUCAACGCCCCAGAUGUCUUCACAUUCAACUGGAAAAUCCAGGCCUUCGUGCUGACGCCUCGGGUUUUCUCCUCCAAACCCAAAGUCCGGGUGCUCUUCUACGUCGCAGGGAGGGAUUGGGCCAGAAGCGAGGGCGCCUUGGAUGAGCUACCAUGUGUGACGGUUUAUGCUUUCUGGCAAACGCAGGAAGUGAGGGGUUCUUGCGCCAUAGGAGGCGAGAGGGGAACUUGCAUGGCUGAGCUUCUGCCUGAGCCGGGGUGGUUUGCUGUGGGGUCAGAGGGCACCAGCAGGGAAAGGCAAGAUCCAUCUGCUGGGAACUCGGUGGAGCUGUACUACCAGGCUCAGCCCAGGGUCAACGGGAAGUGCUUUUCUGUGAACGGAAGUCGGUGGAGCAGCUCGGCGCCGCCGGCCGAAUACGUUCCCGUGACUCCCAUGCAGAGGAUCGGAAGCGUGCAGCUCCUGCAGAUUCCCAAGGGGAUGGCCACGCUGUCUCGCCUCAAGCUCGGGAACGCCAUCGUCAUCCGGACGUCGUCCAAACCUCUGAAAAAGACCGACAUUGCCACUUUCUACAUACUGAUGGCCAGCUCUGCUCAGCUGACUAACUUCACUCUCAGAGCAUCGGUAAAGAAAGGUGUGACCUUUCGAACAGCAACACCCAGCAACUCUUUACUGUGGGACAUCACGCUGGAUAUGGGAGCAGAUGGAGCCAUUGCUGUGAUUUGCCAGAGAAAGGCCCCCAUACCUGGGAAAAGACUUGAAAGCAGUCUGCUGGAGGUGCUUCAGAUGGACUUUGAGGUUGAAGAACUGAGCAGUCCCGUUGACAGCCAGGUGAUCGUAUGGAAGCUGGAGCUGCCGUCUGCGCCCAAAACUGUCGCCAAGACUGAAGGAGCCAUGAGGAUUUAUACAACUCAGAGAGACUUUGUUGGCCUCGCUCCUCUUGUGAUGGACACAGAGAUCCUGAACACAGCUGUACUGACUGGAAAGAAAGUAGUGAUGCCUGUGAGGACGGUGGCUGUGGAAGAAGAUGGAUUGGUCACAGAUGUCUCUGACUACACAGACUGCACUUCCACUGAUGAAGAUGUUCUCAAGGUGUCAGACAGAUGUGACUAUGUCUUUGUGAAUGGCAAGGAGACGAAAGGCAAGGUGAAGAUGGUAGUAAACUUCAGCUACAGCUACUUGAGUGCUCAGCUCGAGCUAAACGUGUGGAUGCCUCAGCUUCCUCUGCAGAUUGAGUUGUCAGACACAGAACUGAGUCAGAUCAAAAGCUGGCGAGUUCCAAUCCUGACCUCAAAAAGAUCUGGCUGGAACAGUGAAGAGGCUGAACGGAAAGGGAAAGGCUGCAUGCUCCAACUUCAACAUGCGCUUGUGCGGGUUCUAACCCAUUUUGUGGCUGAGCAGGAAGACCCGCGGGACCCUACUGCCUAUUUCCUGGGCUCUGAUUGGCAGGUGGAUAUUACAAGGUUGGUUCGAUACUUCAUGAAAGUCGAGGACCCAAGAGUUGCAAGACUUCAGGAAGGAAGGGUGCUUUCAGGACGAGACUUUGGGACCACAAACAUCCAGGUGUUUUCUCCACUGUCAGAUGUUAUCUUGGCAAAGACAACAGUCAAAGUUGUGGAUGACAAAGUGAGCAUCACAGAGUUAGGUGUUCAAGUGGUUUCUGGACUCUCUAUGAUGUUACAACGCAGCUCAGGAAGUAGCAGGGCCAUCUUGGCUACAACAACCACACAAGAGGUUCUACAAAGCCCAAAACAGGAAGCUUUGGUCAGUUCGUGGGUCCAGUUUAGUGAUGGCAACCAGACGCCUCUUGACAUUUAUGAUCCAGCCAACUACCGAUUGACAGUGACAUCUCUUGAUCAGGGAGUGGUGUCAGUGCAGGGCAGACCUCCUCUUGUAGUGGCAGAGGGUGAGGGUGAAGGAGUCCUAGUUAGAGUAGAGAUGUCCAUCGGCGAAUCCUGCCAAAAGUCUAAACGCAAAAGUACGGUGGCUGUGGGCAACGGCAGCCUUAAGGUCAAGUUUCAGGCCAACACUCGGCGGCCAGGUGGAGCAACCCGCAGCGUAGACCGGAGCUCCGUUGGCAACAAAGACAGCAACAAUGACUAUGGCAACGAUGGGGAAGAGAUGGAUGUUGAGAGAAAGCAGCGGAGGCCAUCACAGUUUCUUCCUUCGAGUAUCCCAAAUUCAAACAAAGAGGAGAGUGCUAUUCAGAAGAUCCCAACCACAAUCAGAUCUACUGUGAGAACUGUGACUAGCGGCAGUCUCGGAGGGGUGGGCAAGACAAAAGGACCAGAAAACACUGGCAGUCCAACCAGCGUAGUGAAUGUCGGCCUCGUGAGCAGCCCCAGAGAAGGCAGCAAAGUAUAUAGCUCAGACAACAUGAUAGUGGAAGACAUGAGCAGUAUUAGUUUUACUAGCACUGUGAAAGCCCCUGGGAAUCUGGUAAACUACAACGACUUCCCCACCAAGGUGGAGAUCCCUAGACCAAAAAUGCCAGAGGUAGAAAGCGGUGAAGAAGCUUUGGCCAACAGGCCUCUCACAGACCUGGAGAUUGGCAUGUAUGCCUUGCUGGGUGUUUUUUGCCUAGCCAUCUUGGUGUUCCUAGUGAACUGCAUCUCAUAUGUUGUAAAGUUCAGGCAUAAGAAGCCUCCCUCUCAUGGCCAGGAGCCCACAGGGCAUAGGCACGACUGGGUCUGGCUCGGCACAGACGCUGAGCUGGUGAUGACUGUGCCAUGCAGUCCAAUCCAGCAAGACUCACAUACAGCGACCACGGUGAUAGACAUUGGGCCCGACAAGACUGCCUCUCUCUCCAGGAGGCCCAGUUGCCUGGCCUCCGUAACAAACUCUCCUCUCAGCUGUGCCAGCUCCCAUCGAACCAAACCCAUACAAAGCGAGUCCCUUCACUCGCCCACCAGCAAGAGAAAGCGAGUUCAGUUCACCACGUUCUCCACACUGGAGCGCCAGCAUUCGCCACACCUCUCACCCAAGGAAAACGGCCAUGGCAUCCACUGGGUUGGAAAGGAAGAGCGUAGUGGGGAGGAACCUCAAGUGCCCAUCAUAAAGCCUGGGGACCAGUUAUAACACAGAACCUGAUCAGACCUCACAUGUACAGCAGAUGUGGCUUCGAUCACCUCAAUGCCUUUGUGAAGAAAAUGGGAUUUUGUAUCAGGCCUCCUCAACAUUUCAUUGCCCAUUUAGGCCUUUUACAUGUACAUGUCUUGUAUAUUGUAUAUACUUAAUAUAUGAGAGUGGAUAUAUGUGAUAAUGCUACAAAUGGCUGAGCGGAUACAUUAUUGUAUAGACAAUAUUUAAAGCCACAACAUGUUCAUGCUGCACGAGGCACCCUUGAUGCACCACACUCUAAAAAAUACUGAGGAAAAAAGAAAAGCAAAAUAUUUAAAAAUAAAACUCAAACAUGUAAAUUAACACCUACAAUACUGAGUUCAGCCAAACAAUUUUUUUUACAUAAAAAUGACUAAUUUAAAAGA